GCGGAGCGCAGCUUCCGCCUUCCCUUGGGCUGUCCCUCGGCGGCCCGGGGUGUUGGGAAGGCCGAGCGGCUGAGAUGGCGUCGUUGCUGCCGCGAAUCGAGCGGCUCUCGUCGCGUGUGGUGCGGGUGCUGGGCUGUAACCCGGGGCCUAUGACUCUGCAGGGCACCAACACCUACCUGGUGGGCACCGGGCUCAGAAGAAUCCUUAUUGACACAGGUGAGCCAGCUAUUCCUGAGUAUAUAGGCUGUUUGAAGCAGGCCCUGUCCGAGUUCAACAUCUCAAUUCAAGAGAUCUUAGUGACACACUGGCAUCGUGAUCACACUGGUGGGAUACCUGACAUCUGCACAAACAUCCCUAAUGACUCUGAGUAUCGCAUCUGUAAGCUUCCUCGUGUCCCUCACUGUGAAGAAAUAAUAGGAGAUGGAGGACAUAAAUAUUUAUAUCUUAAAGAUGGAGACGUGAUACAGACGGAGGGAGCCACACUCAGAGUUUUAUAUACACCUGGGCACACUGAUGAUCAUAUGUCUUUACAUCUAGAAGAGGAAAACGCUAUAUUUUCUGGUGACUGUAUUUUAGGGGAAGGAACAACAGUAAUUGAAGACCUGCAUGAUUACAUGAAAAGUUUGAAAAUGUUACUACAAAUGAAACCAGAUUUAAUAUAUCCAGGUCAUGGCCCAGUCAUCCGUGAUGCAAAUACUAGAAUUCAAGGAUACAUUUCUCACCGAAAUGCACGAGAAGAACAAAUUCUGAAUGUUUUCCAGAAGAAUGCUGGAAAAUCAUAUACAUCUUCAGAGCUUGUAAAGAUGGUGUACAAGGAGAUUCCUGAAAAUUUACUUCGAGCAGCAGAACACAACCUCAUAGUCCACUUGAAGAAGUUGGAAAAAGAAGGAAAAGUGUUACGUGAUGCUUCUGCCAGCUUCAGAUGGAGAAACAAUCUGUAACUUACACAAGUUCGCUCGAGAGCAUUUUCAUUCUGCACAUUUGCUGCAUGAAAGAAGAGAUGGAUGAGCUCAGAUACGUGAAGUAAAAGUCAUUUGUUUUUGAGGUUCUAACAAUUUAAAAGUGAUGUUUAUUAAACUUAAUGAAUUGGAGAUAGUAAAAAGAAGAUCUGAUACUUAAGCUGCUUUCAUUGUGCUUUUCAAGAAGUGGCUUUCUGAUAACGACUGUAAAUUCUAACAACAACCAAUUUUUGCUAACAAGUGGAAAUGCUGUUUUUCAUGUUCUUUUCCAUAAUGUAACUGCGUGUUUUUGCUGGCGGCUCACUGCAAUUUGUUUGAACAAAUGCCGAGAGUCCUUCCAGAUAUAUCUGCUUUCUUAUGGAAACACCAUUGCUCUGAUAUUUCAAGGAUCGUUAAUUUCACCUAAUUAAUGUCAAAACAUGCACAGCGUGUUUUGGGGCAUGUUUAGGGCAGACUUUAAUUCUAUAUCUUCUGUUUCUGCAAGAAUGUGGUUAAAAAGCUACUUAAAUUGAGAUGUAUAUUGUAAACCAUAUGAGGUUGUUUUUCUAUCACUUUGUAACAAGCUUCGAAUUGUAUUACUAACACCAUUUAAAGAAGAAAUAUUUUAACUAAAGGUCGUAUUUGAUUGUAAGAUACUGUAUAGUGUACUAAAAUACAUUUGAAAAUGAAUCCAAACUUUAGUUUUCUGUGUAGCUUCCAGAGUAAUAUAUAAAUAUUUGUAUUAUAUUGUGCAUUUAACAUAUGUUUUUGAUUGAUUCACUUUUUUAACACUGGUCCAACCUUAAAGAAGUCACACCCGAGAUGUUCUAAAGCACUGAAGACAAAUAUAUGUUCUUAAAAAUCCUUGAGAACCUUU